AUGUCGGAAGAGAAUUUGAGACCUAGCUACGAUGAUGAUCAAGUGAACGAGGAUGUCUACAAAAGGGGCGCUCAAAGUAAGUUGACCAAGGCUCGUAAGGCAGACUUUGAUGAUAAUAGCACAGAGGAAAAGGAAAAUAAAAAGGUCAACAAAAAAGACAAGAGAUCAAAAACUGAUGACAGACAUGUGGAUAAAAGGCCAAAGAGCGGUCCACGUUUGGAUGAAAAUGGCAAUCCGCUUCCCAAGGAGCCUCGUCUUCCAAAAAGAAAAGUGGCUGUUAUGGUUGGGUACUGUGGUACUGGUUACCACGGUAUGCAAUAUAACCCACCAAAUCCAACAAUUGAGGCCGCUCUUUUCAAGGGAUUUGUCGAUGCAGGUGCUAUCUCUAGGGACAACUCCAAUGAUUUGAAGAAGAAUGGGUUCAUGAGAGCUGCUAGAACUGAUAAAGGUGUUCAUGCAGGUGGUAAUUUGAUUUCAUUGAAGAUGAUUAUUGAAGAUCCAGAGAUCAAGCAAAAAAUCAAUGAUAAUUUGCCUGAAGGUAUUAGAGUGUGGGAUAUCGAAAGAGUGAACAAAGCAUUUGACUGUAGAAAAAUGUGCAGUUCCCGUUGGUAUGAAUAUUUAUUACCUACGUAUUCACUUAUUGGCCCCAAGCCCAGUUCUAUUCUUUACAGGGACAUUGAAGAAAGUAAAAUCGAACUACCCGGUGUGUUAGAUGAGGACUUAGAAUCCAAGGAAUUCUGGGAAGAAUUUAAGAAGGAUGCGGACGAAAAAUUCACUCCGGAAGAAAUCGAGGCCAUACUGGCAUAUGUUCCACCAGCUAGGGAUGAAUUCGAUCUUAACGAAAAACUGUAUCAGAAAGUGAAAAAGUAUAAGCAAUUAGAAAACACUCACCGUAGAAAAUAUCGUAUAUCCGACGCAAAACUGGCCAAAUUCCGUGCUGCCACGGAGCAAUACCUUGGUGCACACAAUUUUCAUAAUUUCACAUUAGGCAAAGAUUUUAAAGAGCCAAGCGCCAUUAGAUUCAUGAAGGAAAUAACGGUAUCCGAUCCGUUUGUCAUUGGUGAAGCUCAAACUGAAUGGGUUUCCAUCAAGAUUCACGGCCAGUCUUUCAUGCUACAUCAAAUUCGUAAAAUGAUCUCAAUGGCCACGCUAAUCACCCGUUGCGGUUGUCCCGUCGAGCGUAUUAGUCAAGCUUAUGGUCAACAAAAGAUCAAUGUGCCUAAGGCGCCUGCUUUGGGGCUAUUGUUGGAAGCUCCUGUUUUUGAAGGCUACAACAAAAGACUAGAGCAAUUUGGUUACAAGGCAAUUGAUUUUUCUAAAUACAAAGAAGAAGUGGACAAGUUCAAAAUGAAAAACAUUUACGACAAGAUUUAUAAGGAAGAAGUGGAUGAAAAUGUUUUCAACGCGUUCUUUAGUUAUAUUGAUAGUUUCAACAAAGUUACUGGAGCACAAGGGGAAGAAACUGCUGAAAAAUCUGGAGUCGCCGUACAAAGGAGCAUAUUUGAGUUUUUAACUGCUAGAGGUAUCCCAGGUCUUGUUGAUGCACCCGAAAGCAACAAGAAAAUUAAGCAAAGAAAAAGAAUGGAAGAGAAAGAAGCUGAGAGUAAAGUUGCAGAAAGUUCCAAUGCCACUGAGACUGAAGUUGCAGAAAGUUCCAAUGCCACUGAGACUGAAGUUGCAGCAAGUUCCAAUGCCACUGAGACUGAAGUUGCAGCAAGUCCUAUUGCCGCUGAGAUUAAAGAACAAAAGGUACAGAAAUCUGCAGCUAACUGA